AUUAAUGCGUAGAGGAAGGGGAGGAGGUGGACGGCUCUUCUUCUACGACCCGAUGUGCUGAGAGCUCCUGUUUCAUUUCACCACCGCCUCCGAGCAGCUCGGUCCUCUCCCUCUCCGUUUAGGUAUAGCCAGAGGGUUUUUUCUUUUAGCGUGAACUCGGAUUUUGAUGAAAAGUGCCAACAUUUUUGAUACUUUAUUGUUUUUUUUCUAAGCCUCGCCGGGGAGACCACUCCAGGGCGGCGGAGAGAGAGAAGUUUAAACCCCCAGCUGCUGUACAGGAGACGGUGGAUCCGAGGUUUCACGAUCCCCCCACCAUCACAUCACCACCGCUAUCUUUUUGUUUUAGCUUAAUUAUUUUUGUUGAGGGAAGUUAAGUGAAGUUUCACCGAAAACCUCCUCCUCCUCCUCUUUCCCCCGAGAGGGACACAACACAUCCGCCCGGCAUCAUGACUCGGAGAUCCUGUGCCAUUUACGCCACCGGCAUCGUGUGCGCUCACCUCCUGAUAGUGGGGAUCGCCCUGGUCGUGGCUCAAGUCUUCCAAACAAUGAUACACAGCCGGCUAAAAAAGGAAAUGACUUUAACAGAGAAGAGCCAAGUGUUUGAGUCAUGGAAGAAUCCACCUCCACCUGUUUACAUGGAGUAUUACUUCUUCAAUGUGACCAAUCCAGAGGUGUUCUUGGCAGGCGGAAAAGCAGCUGUUAAACAGAUCGGUCCCUACACUUACAGGGAAUACAGGCCGCGGGAAAACGUGACUUUCCUAGAGAACGGCACCAAGCUCUACGCCCUGAACCCCAAAACGUUUGUGUUUGUGCCCGAGAAGUCAGCCGGUGACCCUGAGGUUGACAUCGUCAGGACUGUCAACAUCCCAUUUGUGGCGGUGAUGAGCGAGCUGAACUCCUACUCGUUCUUCCUUCGAACUUUUGUCUCUAUGUACAUGAAUGGUCUGGGUGUCGAGUUGUUCAUGACCCGCACUGUCCACGAGGUUCUGUGGGGCUUCAAAGACCCUCUUCUCACAAAGAUCCACUCUAUGAGGCCUGAAGUGGAUGAACAUUUUGGGCUGAUGUGGAAGAAAAAUGGCACCCAUGAAGGAGAGUUUGUGUUCCACACCGGCGAGGAGAACUACUUGGAUUAUGGCAAGAUCGACACAUGGAACGGCCUGAGGGAGAUGUCGUGGUGGUCUUCCAAGCAGAGUAACAUGAUCAACGGUACUGAUGGCGCGGUCUUCCACCCUCUGAUAAACAGGAACGAGCUGCUCUACAUCUUUGCUGCCGAUCUCUGCAGGUCUAUCCAUCUAGCAUAUGUGAAAGACGUGGAUGUGAAAGGCAUCCAGGCGUACCGCUUCGCACCCCCUAGUGACGUUCUCAUGAGUCCCAAAGACAACCCCGCUAACGAGGGCUUCUGUGUGCCAGCUGGAGACUGUCUCGGCACCGGGGUGCUUAAAGUCAGCGUUUGUCGAGAAGGCGCUCCCAUCGUGGUGUCUUUCCCCCACUUUUAUCAAGCUGACCCGAAGUACAUCAACGCCGUUGAUGGCCUCAGCCCCAACAAGGAAGAACACGAGACAUACCUCGACCUGCAACCGACCACGGGUGUUCCCAUUCGUGCCUGCAAGAGAGCUCAGCUCAAUAUCAUCCUGAAGAGAGUCCAAGGCUUCCCCAAAACUAAGUUCAUCAAUGAGACCAUUUUCCCCAUCAUGUUCGUCAAUGAGACGGCGACUAUUGACGAUGACUCGGCAUCCCAGAUGAGGACGCUGCUCCUCAUCGUGACUCUUGUGUCUAACUUCCCGUUGCUCAUCGUGGGCAUGGGCAUCAUCCUGCUGCUGGUGCUCGUCGUCUUGUUCUGCCGAAACCGCCAGAAGAAGAAUGAAGUAAAACGUAUUGAUUUUACUGAAGCUUUUCAUUCUUUUACUACGGUGAAAGAUGACACGGCCUACACUCAGGUCAGCGACAAACCCGACGAGCCUUCAGAAACGCCAGCCAACCAGCCAAUGAGGAACGGCUCCUACAUUGCCAUGUCUCCAGUGGAGGCCCAGAAGUGUUGAUUGAGGAUCCCCUCCCCACGUGUGGAGCUCAGGAAGGGGGGCUGAGGGAGCAGCACAUGGGUGUUACACUACCACAGGCGGGGGUUAGCACACACAGUGGGCUCAUUUUCACUUAAUUUGGGGGUUGGGGUGGGGAGGAUAGGGAAUGGGGUAGGACACGAGCCCCAGUAAAUGUUUAGUCAACAAAGACAUUGCUCCGCUCACUGAGCCCUCUUAUGACUGUCUGUCCUCCUCUACUCUACCUGCUGAGCAUGGCCCUCACUGCCUGCCGUAAUGCAACACAAACAAACUCCCACACUCUUCUCCUCAUUUCCGUCCUGGUUGGCCCCCGAAAGAUGAAGGGACUCUAGAUGGGCUCGGCCAGGAAAAGCCUUUUUUCCAUAUUUCUUCUGAGGGAACACAGUAGCAUAGGCGUCGCUGUUGUACACGGAUGCAUGAUCUUCGGACCAGACUCUGCCGAUUAAUAUGGCUCAAAGAGAGUGUUUAGUAUUCACUUGAACAACAGUGGGUGUGGUUAGCGUUGUAUUCUUGCUCUUUCCUCUCCAUCAGUGUUGCGUGAGGAGAAAAAACUUCCAACAGAUUUAAAAAGAAAAGCCCCCCGUAAACUGAAUCCCUAGGACAAAACCCUCUGUACUCCUGGGCUCGGAGGAUAAAAUGGUUUUGCUAACAAAACUGAACUCAGCAUAUCUUUUUUUAAAAAAGAGAAAAAGAAGAAAAAACAGACUGAGCCAAACUAUUUAUAGCAAUUUUGCCUCUUUUUCCUAAGAUUAAUUAGUGUGCCCACACAUACACACACAUACACACACACCACACUUCCAGUAUCAGUUAGUGAAAGUGUGUGUGCACCUUUAUCUUACACUUCAGUGUCCUGUUUUGAUGGACAAUGUGCAACUAUUUUUCUUGAUGCAGGCAGUGUAGUGUGACGCCCCCCCCCCCCCACCCCGUGUUUGUCACCAUCACUUUUUUUUCUCCCCAUAACACUAGUAUAUAAACGGAAAUAUUCAGAGACCUCAGCUACAUUUCUGUUAUAUUUAGCUAAGGUGAUGAGUAACUAGCUGUGAAAGUGUUAGUAAUGCCAACAGUAGCUUGAUAUGGUUGAACCUUUUUAUGAGGGCUCAUCACACAUUCAAAACAAAAAGGAAAAAAAAAAAACACCCACAGAACUUACAAGGGAGACUUGAACCUGCUUUCUGCCUUACAACGGUUCAGUGUGUUCUUUAUGUCCAUACAUUAGCUGGAAAUCUCUUGUUGUUAUUGUACAUAAUAAAGGGGAAAAUGUUGAGAUACCUCUGACCAAAUCCAGCAAGCAAUCCUCCGAGUUGUGCUGAAAGACACUAAUUUUGCUCUGGUGUCGACCGCUCCUGCACGUCUACACUGUUACUUAUUAGAUAAAGCACAAUUUGGAUUGCUAAAACCAGUCCUUACACAAGGCUACCAGGUUUUUUUGGUCUUAUUAUAUAUAUUUACAGCUGAUUUGUCAAAGACAUUGACAAGUGCCGUGACUAUUUAAAAAAAAAAGAGACAACAAAAAAAGUGGAAUCAUUGGGUUUUGAGGGAGCCCUGUGCGCCACUCGCAGUGUGCAGUCAUUCAGUUUGCCAAGGAGCUGUAGGCAUUCAGGCAAAGGCGCAGCACACAGCACUUGAAUCACUGUUUGUCUUAUAUUUCAUGUUGUGUUUUUCAUUUUUCUGUCCGCUACACUUGUCUCGUCACAUGUCAAACCCAGUGGAAGUGAAUUUAAGGCCGUAAAACUGUCAAUGUGGAAAAUUCCCUGCACUUUGCCUGGAAAUUGUGCCCUGUGUAUUAUUGAUUGUUUUUGUUUUUUUUUUGUUUCUUGUCCUGGUCAUUUCAAUUAAGGUGGUCCAAAUGUUCAGUACAUUUCAAUGGUUUGUCCUCACUAGUAUUGAUUUAUAAAGGGUGUGGUUGUGAAUGAACAACAGACAUCCAUGCCUCUGUUACUUGUUUUUCAGCACAUGGAGUGUCUUCUUUUGAUAUACUUUUGUAUUUGUUAUUGCUGCUAAAAAUUGCCAUAACCUAUGGACUUGUAUUUGUACAUGUGGUGUUUACCAUAAUGUGCUCAUUCAGUUUCAGGUUUAUCCACAGAGGGUUUUUUUUUUUAUUAUUUUAAAAUCAAGUCUUAAAUCUUGAAGGCUUUCUGUGUUGCCAACCCUUUUGACACCUGAGCACAAGAUACAAAGCCCAAAGCUUGCUGCCAUUUAUUGGAAUUAGCAGUUACAGUUAUCACUAACGACAUUUCUGUAAAGUUAUCACACUUAAACACUCUAUUAACAGCUGAUCUGACCAUAUCACAUGUAUCAUUGGGAUGUAUUAUAGGAUUAGUAAACGUAACCAUUCGCUGGAGGUGCACAAAAAGGGCGAGCCGCUUUCAGCAUCAUCUAAGAUUGGUGUCGGAAGUCUGAUUGUCUGGGAUUAAUAACAGUGUGGUGGAGAAGGAAAGUAUUCCUUUUAAAUCAAUUCACUAAAGGCCUUUUUUAUCACCACCUACAUGCAAGAAACCACCGCCUUGUGCAAACUCACAGUCCAUCACUAUCCACCUUGUAAAAAAUAUUGACUUGAACCUGAAAGACCUUAAUCCUGUCGUGUGUGUGUCGCUCGAACAGCGUCUGUUCAAACACACACCUGAGCCAUCACUCCUCUACUGUCUGACUUCUACACUGACCUUUGAGUCCAAUAUUUCAAACCCAUUGGCUCGUCCCUGCUUGACCAAAGAUAACCCACAUAGAUCUGCCCCAGCGCUGUGUUUACUCUCCUCUGCGAUAACGGCCGUGCCACAAAACCACCACCUACCCCUUUUUUCUCUUUUAAAUCGUGCCACCACUUACGUGAAGUAUUUGCAGCAGUUUUGUGCGAGUAUAAAAGGAUGUGUGUAUGUGCCUUUUUACACCAAGGCAAAUAAAAACAAAAAAAACUAACAUAAGAUUUUCACAAGUUGGUAGUUUGAUGGGUAUUGCUUUUUUGUCACCUAGUGCAAGAGCAAAUAAAAGUAAUCAAUGCUCUUUGUGAGCAGAUCUCAGUAUUAUGUAAGAAAGCAAUACAGGAUCGUGUGAAUUAAAUUUCUGAUGUUUUGUAAAGGGCCACACAAUAUUUAUGUAUCUUGUUUUUUUUCUGAAUUUGUGAUUUUUUUUGGGGGGGGGGGUUUGUUUUAGUUUUACUUGUGUAGAAGUAUUCCCUUUUUUCAGUAGCGUGAUGUAGUCUUUUUUUUUUUUUUUUGUAACAUUCAGCACAUUUCAAAAAGGUUUUAAAAAUGGACCAGUAGUACGUCACACUGGGAACAGUCAGAACCCUGUAAAAUGUAUGUAAAGAGUGUUCAUGAAUGAUUUAAGAUUGUCUGUUUGUGUUGGACAAAGUAUGAGAACUUGUGUGAGUAAAUAUGUGUUUGUGGGGCCAACACACCAUUUCUGUCGAACUGGAGUGAUUUUUACUGGAAGGCUGAUUAUCUUGAUGACUGAGUAAAGCAAAGCAUUGAUCUGUGUAACCUAUCUAGAUGAAUGAAGCCCUCCUUCAGGGAUGAGCACUAGUGCCAUACCAUCCUUUUUGUUUUGUUUUUUAUUUUAUUUUCCCCCCUCAAUUUGCUCUGUGGGUUAACAACCACAACCUCCCUGUUUUGAUGUUUCAAAGUCACUAACAGUCCUUUCCUCUUUAAAAUAUACUAAUUUGUUUUGCUGCUGAAAAUGACAAUCCCGCUUGUCAUGUUAGGUGCAAAAUGAAUUCAAAGUAAUAUUCAUUUUUAGUUUUGAUAAUUUACACUGCACAGAUGUUUCUACAGUGCUUUUGUAAACAUUUCUAGUGUAUUUGCAAAAAAAUAAAAGUUGCAGUCAAGUGCACAGUUCA